CAGCAUACUGUGUGGCAGAUCUAAACAGUGGCAUUUGGAAUUAACAUUAAAAUUGGAGUAUCUGCGAAGAACUAUAUUGUGGGUUUGCUUCCUUAGAGGUGAGAGGACAAUAAUAUUGUGCUGUGUGUAUUAUGAGAUAAGUGGUGCCAGAAGUUUCCUAUUUGUUUUAAUUAUUACUAAUAUCUGUCAGAUGUCUUAUAGAACAAGCUCUCUGGGUGUCAUACAAAAGGAUACCAUUUUUAAAACCCACAAUUAUUCAUGCAUCCACCCAGUUUGAUUUGCUUAAAACAUUUUUGUUAAGCCAAUCCUAUCCAGACAUGCAGAAAUUAUGUGUGUUUUAUCCAUUUCUGGCUACUGUUGAAUUUCAAUCUUUUCAAUAUUUUAAAUACCUGUUGGGUGGUGUUUUUUUUUUAAUAUUUUGAUGUUUAUUUUAUAUUUUGUAAACCACUUACAAUCCAACAGCAUGUAAUAUUAAAUAAAUAAAGUCAUUAAGAUCCUCAUUGGAAGAAUCUGGUAUUCCAAAUAUGUUCUUACACCAAGUUGCUCCUUUCUUCCAACUCUCUAUAAUGUUGCAAGAGCUUACACAAAGAUUUAAUCCUAGGACUGAUUUGCUCCUAGAACAUGCUUUCUAGGCACAGGUGCAGGAUUUCUAGGUCAGUGUCCAAGCAGAGUUCCCUCCACCCACCCCUGCCCUAUGCUUUCCCUGGGAAAACCCACAUUUUACUCCUAAUUUGGAACAAGGGGCAAUAACCGGAAAACCUGGUUGCCAUUUGCUCUGAUUUUGUGGUAAAAUGUGGGUUUUCCCAAGGAAAGUGGUGGAAGAAGGAAAAACCUUGGAAAUCCUAGACCUGUGCCUAGAUUUUCAGUUGAGGUUUAGGUCUUGUUCUGGUACAGAAACUGCUUUGAUCACCCUGUAUGGUGGCCUUUGUUGGGAGAGUGACACAGGGGAAAUGUGUAUCUGUUAAUUCUGCUCGACCUGUCAGUAAGAAAGACAGAAAAGUGGACUGCAGAAGACUUUAUGUCCUUAAAUAUUUUCUGUGUUAUUAUAAUAAUAAUAAUAAUAAAUUUUAUUUAUAUCCCGCCCUCCCCAGCCGAAGCUGGGCUCAGGGUGGCUAACAACAAUCAAAAUAAUCCAACAUUCUAAAAACAUUCAUUAUAAAAUUAAUUAAAAUCAAUUAAAAUCAAAUUGAUGACAACCAUUAAGCAAAAUUCUGUGCAGAUUGCCAGAGGAGGGGGUCAGGCUGCGCCCUGACCAAAGGCCUGGUGGAACAGCUCUGUCUUGCAGGCCCUGCGGAAAGAUGUCAGGUCCCGGAGGGCCCUAGUCUCUUGUGACAGAGCGUUCCACCAGAUUGGAGCCGCGGCCGAGAAAGCCCUGGCUAGAAAACAUGGAUACAUUUUACUGGCAAUAUACAUUUAAAACUAAUGUGAAAUAUGCAUUUCAGUUUUAUAUAAAUAUCACAGUGUGCAACCAUUGUUUCCAGGUGCCAUUUAAAUGAAGAGCAAAAUGAGAAGAAGUGAAAAACUCUUCAUACUAAAAUACUUCUUAAACAUCCUCAAUGGAAUUUUCUUGGUAAGAAAUUUUCAUGUACUGUUAGACAGGAAUUAAACAUUAACUGUAAGUUCUGUAGCAUAAUUCAGAUACAAACAGCCAUUAUGUAUUGCUUUCAGGUGUUAGGUCUUCUGCUUGUGACUUUUGGUCUUUGGAUGUCGCUAGACAGAAACAGGUUUUUCAGACUUUUGCGUAAGUAUAAGUGCCUGCCCAGAACUUUCUCUAACCUUUAAAGGAAAGCGUAUUCUAUUUAACCAUUAAAAUGUUGACUUCCCACAAGAUGGCAGCAUUGCCUUAGAAUAUUUACUGUACAAAGCCAGAAAUCAAAAUAUCAGUCUUGUUGUCAUGUUAUGAUGCCCUUCAUUAUACAAACUUGAAAGAAAGCAGAUGGCUUGAACUAGAAAAUUGUAAAGCUGUAAUACCUGGAUUUAUACUAACUUAGCCCCAUUGGCUUCAAUAUACCAACCAUCCAACAUUGUGAACGGUUUGCUUUUCCAGCAUUUAGGUAGAAAUCAAUUCAGUCAUUCUGAAAAGAAAAAAACAUAAUUCAAACUGGUGCACAUGUUGCAGCCACUGUGUGGAGGGUGUUUUAUAUCACUUCAUAUUGCAAGCUAUUUGGCUCAACUCAUCACAAGUACCAGAUAAUUUUCUCAGUGCCACUGCAGCAAUUGAGAAGAGUAUUAUUUAUGGUGCCUCACACAAAGUAGCAAUAGUGUGUACACUGACUCUUACUGCAGGGUCAGUAUUAUCUAGAACACAGUUAUAUGGGCUAUAAUAAAUAGUAGUAAUGGGCUGAUAGUAGGGAGUUCUGCCAAAGACAAACUCUGGCUAUUUGAUAGCUAGUUAUAUUAUAGCUAAUAUACACAGGGUAGGGCAGAGGUAUCAAACUCAAGUGGACUGGAAUGGCACAUCCCCAACGCAAUAGAUGCCCAGAUGGCACAUUCAUUUGUGUGUGUGUGUUCCACCACAAUUCAUAACUUCUAAAAUACACUUCACUCUUUUACACCUGGCGUCUAAUUUAGAGUGAUGGUGUGAUAUUGUAAGUUAAUUGCAACAACUGGUGGUUGAUUGCACUUUGCCCUAUAGCAAGAUGGAAUAUAAACAUUGUUUUUACAAAAUUAGAUAAUUGCAAUUACACAAUAUGCAGUAUAAUCAGCUUUUUUCGGUAAGUAUCAUGGUUGUCCUCUAACGGAUUCCCUAUCGUGGCUCCAUCUUAAUAGAUUUGGUUUGGCUUGUUUUAGAGACCACAAUUUUGCUUACUUUAUUGAUGUUUUCAAACCCUUUAAAAAUGGUGGUUUUGGUGUAGCAAUGAGUCACGACUUCAAAUACACUUUUAUCAUAUGAACUGGCUGCUGACAUACUACUCUGCUGCACAGUAUAGGGUACAUUUAUGUUAUCAUCAUAGGAUAACUACCAGUGAGUUGUCCAACCUCGGUGCUUUUUUGUUUUGUUUUUCCCAGCUUCAAAGAAUGAAUUGGGUCACUGAGAGUUCAGUUCCGAAGCCUGGCAAGACGACAUGGUCUUGAUUUACUUCUCUUUCAUCUUAGGAUAAGUGAUCAUGUAACUAAUAGCAGGGUGGAGUUGACAGCUUCACAGAGAAAUAGUUACCUCUCAGGGCUUUGGCAGUUGAAUUUUGAACUAGUUGGAGUUUGGACCAUCUUUAAAGGCAGUCCUACAUAAAGUGCCACUCUGAAUGCAAUUAGAGAAUGAAACACUGUGGCUGCAGUUGGUAUACCAACCAAAGCUGAAAAAACACAUACCUGGGCUUCCCCAACCAGCACCAAUGCAAGAGCAUUCCCAAACUGCAGAUAUUGAAUUUGGGGGGGGGGCACUGUGGCGAUCACACAGGGUCCCCGGACGUUUCACCAUCUAUUGAUCCCUGUGCCACCACUUGAUUUCUCACUGCCACCACCCAGGCUCUACCUGGUACAAUACUGAGUCCAGUCAGGUUUAAAUUGGAACAUAAACUUCUGUUUAUUUAUUGUAGUUUAAUAAGCGUGUGGUUUCAUAAACGGUAUCGGUCAAUUACAAUCAUGGGGUGCCUAUCCAGACCUAUAACUUCCGCUACCUGCUCUUACUCACUAAACCAUCUCUCAGAUAUUUACUUGUCUUCCUAGCUCCUAACUGUUCCUGACUCAACUUAUUUCGCUACACUAACUCAACCUACCCACAGACUCUAUCCCAAUUCACUCCCACUCCAACCAACCACCCAACUCCCAACGAACUCCUCCCAGAGCUGGUUUUAUAGUCCCUCUGACUCCACCCCCUGGGUUCUGAUUGGGCAACUUGUUUAACUCCAGCACUCUCAUAUGUUAACAUCACAGGCACUAUCUAGAAAUAGCGGUAAUCUUUCUUGAGCUGGAAUCUCCCAACCCACAGCAUUAUCUUGCCUGUAGUUAACUUCAGCUUGUUUGCCCUCAUCUAUACAAAAAUUGCCUCCAGGUAGGUUUAGUAGUGUGACUACUAGUGGUUGGACAGGGUUCUCGAAGCUACUAACAUGAGUUUGACCAAACUGCGGGAGGCAGUGGAAGACAGGAGUGCCUGGCGUGCUCUGGUCCAUGGGGUCACGAAGAGUCGGACACUACUAAACGACUAAACAACAACAGCAAGUGUGACUACUAUUAGUAAACAUGUGUAGGCUUUAAAAAAUAUAUAUCCAGGAAUUCAUGAAAGUAAGAUUUAUUUUCUCAGAGACAGCAAACUAGGAUAGAUAUCUCUAGAAUGGAUAACCUAAUACAGUAUCAGGAAAGGAUGUUCUUGCACAGGUCAAUCUAUGUAAGCAAUUUCCCAUUUCAGAGUCUCGUGUAAGCAAUUUCACAUAUUCACUUAUGGCUAUAGACAUCUUGUUUUAAGUGUCACAUAUUAAGCAUUUAAAAAUACAAAAUACAUUUUUACAAUUUUUUAGUAUCUACAGGAGGACAUUCAGUGGCAGAUUCUGUUUCUCAUAUGCUGCUUGCCGUAGGAUCCAUCAUUGUUUUUAUUGGACUCUUGGGAUACUUAGGAAGCAUUCGAGGAAACAGGUGUUUAGUAGCUGUGGUAAGUAUAACUUGUGAAAAUCCUUAACCCAAAGUUGUUGCUUGCAACACACACUUAGCUUUCCCCACAACAAUUCUUGACGUGGUUUAACCUUUGAGAUUGUUCUGCAUCCCAAAGCUGAUAGAGUGAUACAAAAUGCACAAUAAUUGAUGGGAUCUUACUGCAUGUACACAGGGAUAUAUCCUUAAUAGAAUACUGUAUUUCAAGUGUUCCAGCACAGAGAGGUUGAGUGCUUAGUCUGCAGAGGAGUACUGUACAGAAAAGGAGCAAAAACUGUUUAGACUCAGGGCAAUGUCUAGAGAUGCCGCUUGCCAAUUUCACUUUGACAAUAGCUCCCACUGAAGUCUCAAGGCAAAGUCAGAAGUCUUACUACAGGGGGCAGUAAAAUUGUUCAGAGUCUUUUUCCACUUUGUCUUGGAACUGGUCAGAUAUUCAUCUACAAUGCAAGUCCCUUCUUCACCAGGUAGAUUCUGGACUUGUUGGGAGGGAAGUCAGAUGCUAAGAUCAGUACUAAAAUCUUAUAUCUCAUCAAAUCUGUUAAGUGGAGCUUUUGAUUCCAGUCUAUCUUGCAUUUAAAAUCAUUUUUACAUUAUGAAACUGUUCUUAAUCUUUUGUAUAUAUGAUUUCCCCCCCUGUUGAUUAGGAUGGUGUGUGUGUAUGUGUAAAAUCAGAAGUGAUUCAGAAUCCUAAUCAUAUAAUUAAAUAAAUAUUUAAAAUCUGGGGAAGAUAAAAAUGUCUUUGGCAUUAAAAAAGAGAGUAACAUAGAAGCCCAAUGAGCCUUCAAAGGAAGAGAGUUUCAAAAAUGGGGUGCCACCACAGAGAAGGCCCUUACACUUGCUUCUUUCCUAAACGAAGUAGGCAGGGUCACCCAGAAGAGGGCUUUUGAAGAGUAUCGCAGCAAAUGUGUGUGUUGGUAAGGGGUAAGGCCCCAGGCUAUGCACAGUGGCAAACGUUGGGGUCUCAAAUUUCAGUGGUGCCCUGUGUGAUGCCAGAAUUCUUCCCCUGCUUCUUGUACUCCAUUCUAAAUAAUAGCUGAGGCACCCCCUGGCACCCCUGAGACUCAGCACCCAGUGCAGCUGAACUGCUAAAACACUCCCCUAAAUCUGUCUCUGCUACGUAGCUCUUAAAGGUAACAAAAAAGUUACAUUGCUUGUCAUUGUGAUUUAAUGGGAUCCAUUCAGUGUCCAUAAUAGUCCAUAAUAGUCAUGCAACUAGGUUAAAGUCAUGCAACUAGGUUAAAGCAUUCUAAAUCACAAUGACUUCCUCAGUUUAUUACAUUUUCUACACAAUAUUGUCAUUUGAGCAUUAGAGAAAUGUGAUUUCUCUGAGGCAGAUGUGAGAGAAAACACCUGGAACCUGUGCAACAAACGAGUAACAACUGAACAAUUGUUGCAUUAUAAACAUUUAGCAAAAGAGCAGCUUAUUGUUUCAAUCUAUCUGGUCAUGCCUUGGACUCUACAAAACAACAACAUGUCUAACAAUGACACAAGAAACUAUGCGUGUCCAAAAGGGUGUUCAGUGGUGGUAAACUUCAUUCAAGACCUUUAAACAGCUUGGUUAGAAAACAAAGGCUCUGCCCAGAUUUCUAGCUGGAAGGGAAGAUUGUUCCUUUGUGGAUGCAUUUUUAAUACUUUACAAAAUCUCUGUAAAGAAACGAAUGUAUGUACCAAGGUGCUAGGAUAUCUUAUGGAGAUGCUCAUACUACUGCUUUGCUUUUCAUUGCACAACAUUUAUUCAGUCAAGAAUAAGGUUCUCUUUCUUUGCUGCCAGGCUAAGAUUUGGGUUCAGAACACACUCAUUGACAAAUGAAGUCAUUGCAUUGCAUUGCAUUGUAAAUAUAUACAUGCUUGGGGAAAGGCAAAAUGCAUCCCUCAGCAUGUACACAGGAUAUGGUAUCUUGAAAUUUGAAUUUCCAAUUGGAAAGCGAUAGCUUAGUAGUAGAGCAUGUGGAAAGUUUCAGCUUCAUUUCCCAGCAUCUCCAUGUUGAACUGGGAAAGUUCUCAGGAGAUGCACUACCAGUCGAUGUAGAUAAUUCUGAGCUGGAGGGGCCAAGGGGUUGACUCACUAUAAGGCAGCUUCCUAUAUUCUUUCUACAUUCCUAACAUGAUAGCGCAAUUCAUCACUCAGCAGCUGGUGCUCAGCUAUAAAGCUGGUAUGUUUUACAAUGAUGACUCAUUCCUAUAAUACACAUAAAUUCUUCUUGCAGGUACCAACAUUUCUAGUAACUGAAAUUCCUCUCUAUAUUAAUCACACAGAGCUUAUUAAUGCCAUUUUCUGCAGCUUUCCUAGUAAUACGUCUGUUUUUAUUUUCAGUACAUGGGUCUUCUUGUCCUUGUCCUUGUUAUCCAAAUGGCAAUACUUGGGGUCCUAUAUACAGGAAAGGAAAUGGUAUGUACCUAUUAUUUACCCAAAAGUAUAUUGUGGCCAAGUGCACAGUGCCCUGGAACCAUCCUACACAUGAUCAUGCAGAGGGAUUCCAAGCAUUCCACAUCAUUUACUUGUCUCAAGAGUAUGCAUGUAUCUGAAAAAGAAACCUUAACAGAAAGAUUGCUUAUUUAUUUAUUUGCACCAUUUAUACCGUCUAUAUGUAUAUGCCUACGGGGGUAUGAGGGGAGAGAUAGUAUCUCUAUUGGGGGACACACCAUGCUGCUUUUGGGGUAGUUUGUCCACCUUUGGUUAGUUUGUCCACCCUACACUCAGCUUUCACCUGUGGCUCCUGGAAGCUGUCAGCAUUUGACACCCCAGGAAUGGCUUUGACUGAUUGGCUGAACCAAGUGAGGAUAGCCGAUGGGUCUCAAAUCCUUAGUGAUUUAGAGGUUUCUCCUCCAUGCAAAGACAGGCUCCAGUGGAUUGAAUGGAUGCAACUAAGAGUGGAUACAGUAGUCAAGAAGGUGGUUUCUGCAUGUGUUGUAGAGGGAAGUGAGGGGCAGAUGCAGACCUUCCAAGUGUUCCUAUUUUUCAGGGAUGUCCCUGAUUUAGAGAAACUGUCUCAGUUUCUGAUUUGAUCCUGGAAUGUCCCGCUAUUCCGUAGAACGUUCUCCUGUUUUCAUUGGAGAAAUGUUGGAGGGUAUGGAGCUAUCUGACCCCUGAGCCAUCUGAAGGCAAUCCUGUAUGGAGAUUUUUUAAAAAAUGUUUAAUGUUUUAUUAUGUUUUUAUAUAUGUUGGAAGCUGCCCAGAGAGGCUGGGGCAAGAUGUGUGGGGCAUAAAUAGUAAAAAUUAUCAUUAUGGAAUGGAACGUCCCUAUUUUCAUUAGAGAAAUGUCGGAAGGUGUGCAGAUGUAGCUCACCAACCUAGCAAGGUAGCCCAUCUAAGAGAAGGAAAACUCUGAUCCUAAACCUCCACGGCCUUUUGGGAUAUCUUCAGGAGAAGAAAAGGCUAAGGAGUAAACCCUACACAAAUCUGAAGUGGAGUCCCUAAGCCGGUUGGAUGGUUCCUUGCACACCUCCUUCCGGCAACUCCUGCAGCCAUGCUGGUGCCAAAUAUAUCGCUCCGCUUUCCUUUGGGCCACAUCAGGGAGGUGGAGAAGGAGGUCUUCUCAUCUGGGCAGCCCAGGACCUCCAUAACACUACCCAGGCUUAUGCCCUGGGAAGGCCAUUUCAGUGCUGUUAACACAUCAGUUUGACUUCAUCCCUGGAGGCACAGUCCAUUGUAUCUUGAAACAGAUGGUUGGCGAAAAAGGGACACGACAAGGUUGCCCAAUCUCCCCAUUGCUUUUUAUAUCGGUCCUGGAGGUUUUGUUGAACAUGAUUAGAAGGGACCAGUUGGUUAAAGGUAUAUAUGUCGGAGCCAAACAGUACAAAUUGAGAGCAUUUGCAGAUGACUUAGUAUUGACGUUACAGGAGCCAGAAUCUAGUACCAAUUCAAGAAUUUGGUCAGGUUGCAGGAUUUAAAUUGAAUAAGUUAAAAACCAAGGUUUUAGAGAAAAACUUAACACCAAUUGAGAGAGAGAGGUUUCAGAAUGAGACAGGUUUAACAGUGGCUAAGUAAGUUAAAUACCUGGGGAUUAACAUGACAGCAAAAAAUGGGAAUUUAUUUAAAGACAACUAUGAAAAAUGUUGGGCUGAAGUGAAAAAAGAUUUAGAAAUUUGGUCAAAUUUGAAGCUUUCACUGCUGGGUCAUAUUGCUGCGAUAAAAAUGAAUGUAUUGCCUAGAAUGUUGUUUUUGUUUCAAACAUUGCAAAUUGUGGACAAAAUGGACUGUUUCAAGAGGUGGCAGAGAGAUAUUUCUAGAUUUGUCUGGCAGGGCAAGAAGCCUAGAAUAAAAUUUAAAAUAUUAACAGAUGCAAAGGAAAGAGGUGGAUUUGCCCUGCCAGACUUUAAACUUUACUAUGAAUCAGCAGCUUUUUGCUGGUUGAAAGAAUGGCUGCUUCUUGAAAACACAGACAUUUUGGAUCUAGAAGGUUUUAACAAUGUAUUUGGAUGGCAUGCAUAUCUGUGGUAUGAUAAGGUCAAAGCACAUAAAGCAUUUAAAAAUCAUAUUGUCAGGAAAGCAUUGUUUAAUGUUUGGACAAGAUACAAGGACUUAUUGGAAAACAAAACCCCAAGGUGGCUGUCACCGAUGGAAGCGAAAGCUCAGAAAAAGCUCAAUAUGGAGGUCAAAUGGCCAAAAUAUUGGGAAAUUUUGGAACAAGAUGGAGAUAGACUGAAAUUGCAGAGUUUUGAGAAUUAAAAACAAAGUGCGAGACUGGCUUCAUUAUUAUCAGAUAAUGGAGGCAUAUAAUUUGGACAAGAAAAUUGGCUUCCAGGUGGAAAAAUCAAAAUUGGAAACAGAACUGUUAGAACCCAAAACCAAGAUUUUGUCAAAGAUGUAUAACUUGCUGUUGAAAUGGAAUACUCAGGAUGAAACGGUGAAAUCUGCCAUGAUUAAAUGGGCGCAAGAUGUUGGACAUAACAUAAUGAUGGCUGACUGGGAACAGUUAUGGACCACAGGUAUGAAGUUUACGGCAUGUAAUGCCUUAAGAGAGAAUAUUAUGAAAAUGAUAUACAGGUGGUACAUGACACCAGUCAAGCUUGCAAAAAUCUAUCAUUUGCCUGAUAAUAAAUGUUGGAAAUGUAAAGAAACCGAAGGUACAUUCUUUCACCUUUGGUGGACGUGCCCAAGGAUUAAGGCUUUCUGGGAGAUGAUUUACAAUGAAAUGAAAAGGGUAUUUAAAUAUACCUUUCUGAAGAAACCAGAGGCCUUUCUCCUGGGCAUGGUCGGCCAAAUGGUGCCAAUGAAGGACAGAACUUUCUUCAUGUAUGCCACAACAGCAGCAAGAAUACUUAUUGCAAAGUAUUGGAAGACACAAGACCUACCCACUCUGGAAGAAUGGCAGAUGAAGGUGAUGGACUACAUGGAAUUGGCGGAAAUGACUGGCAGAAUCCGAGACCAGGGAGAAGAGUCAGUGGAAGAAGAUUGGAAGAAAUUUAAAGAUUAUUUACAGAAAUAUUGCAAAAUUAAUGAAUGUUAGAAUGAUGUUGGAAUGAACUUAGGUGGUUUAAGCAGUAAUGCUAUAAAGGUGUAUGUAAUAGAUGAAAAUUUAAAGUUAUAGUAUAUUAAGUUAAAGGAUCAUGAGAAAACAAAGAGGGAAAGAAAUUGCUGACUUAACUAAUUGAACUGGAAUACAAAAAAGGGAGGUAUGAGGAGGUCAGGGAAACAAGGAUAUGAAUGUAAGCUAUGGAAAGAUUGACCCAUUUUUCUUUUUUCUCUUUUUAAGUGUCUUUUUUUUUAAUUCUGUAUUUUGUAUUUUUCUUGUAUUUUUACUUUUUGUUUUUCUGUAACUCUUUUUUUUCUCUGAAAUUUUAAUAAAUAUCAUUUAAAAAAAAUAAUGAAACAGAUGGUUGGCAACAAAUUAUACAGCGACCCAGAAUAACAACUCAUACAGAAUGCAACAGACCAGCUGCUGACGGGGCUUCUCAUCAGCAAUGUAUUACACCUCUGCUUUGGCUUCCUAUAUACUACUGAGUCAAAAUCAAGGUCUUGCUGUAAGAAAAUAAAGCCCUGAAUAGCUUGGGACCAGCUUCCUUGAGGGAUCUCAUAUAUGCCAGCCUAAGCUUUUCAUUCAGCUGGAGAGGUACUAAUUAAGGAUACCACAUGAUAUUUGCCUGGCUUCUACAUGACAGUGGACCUUUGGGGGUGUCCACACCUAGGUUUUGGAACUCCUUGCACAAUAAUAUUAAGCAAGUAGAAGGUAUCCAGGGUUUACUGAGCAUUUGCUGUCAAAUGCACACACAGAGAAGGCUGGUGACAUGAGCAAAGCUCUUUAAUGGGACAGUAACCCAAAAGGGGCUUGGCUCUAGCUGGAUUGUACCUAUUGCUUGUGAAUGCUUGUUGUUAAGAUAUAAAGACUGACAUGUGCAAUAGCUUAGCCCUUCUGUUAUGGUGUAUGCGCACAGGGUAUAUACACAAACUGUGGCUUACCGAAAGCUGUGUCAUCUGUUUCCAUUUUUAAAUAGGUAUUUUAACAGCCCUCAAGUUUUGGCCUUUCAACAGGCAAAUCACAUGCACUUUGUUGAUUCUGUUUCCCUUGCCUGGUGGCUACUUUGAGACUGGGUCACUUUAUUUUAACCCCCCACCUUUUUUGCUUUCUUCUUUUCAGUAGUCUCCUUGCUGGCAGGAAGGGUGUCAGCAGCCUAGACACAGCCUGCCCUGGGGGGAAGCAGACUAGCGGCUAAAAAGGGGAUGUGAAAAAUAUACAGACAUUAGACAACAAGAUGAAAGCAGGGGGAGAGAUUUCCGAAAUGUGAAAGCUCUGGAACUCUCAUUCUAGAACAGCUGCAUGCAGGCCUGAGCUCUUCGAUUCGUGUUUAUUUUCAUUUCCCUUGAGAACUGUAGGAUACAAUGAGCAUGAGUAGAACUGAAAGUCUGUCUGCAUACAAAAACUUCUUUGUCUAGAUAUUCAUUGACUUAUAGCAUCAUGAGGGCAAGUGGUGGCUGCUUGAGCUCUGUGUAUAUUUGCUUCCUGUCUCUCAUGAGCCAGUCAUGAGCACAGGCAUCACUGCGCAGGGUUCAGCUCUUUGACCACAACGGAAAACCACCUGAAUUUUUUUGUGGUUCUGGCAUGUGACAAACACAUUCCUUCUGUGUGCUGAGUGCUGUGCACAGUUGGCUUUCCAUCAGCAGGAGUCUAUGCAACUUGUAGGCUCAGUGUUGUCGCUUGAGGAGCUUCCAUGUGGUGAACUUUCCUUGGAGAGGCUGCAAACUGACUUUCAACCUACUUUCAGUGAGUCAGAAAGUGUUGCAGCCUGAAGCACAUACCAAAGAGACCAAGCAGAUAGAUCACAGCAGCACUCCCACUUCGGAGUAUAGGUAUCAUGGAUCUAUAUUCCCAUACAACACUGUCCGUCUAUAAGUGAGGGAUAAAAUGGAAUCCUGUGUAGAUGCACUCUUAUGCACUCAUUCUCUAAACAGCAGGUGAACUUCCUAUGGAAGAAAGAUGAUUUUUUUUUGUCCCUUCUACUCUCAGUAUUCAGUGUGUGAUCACCUUUUGUCAAGAGCAAAGGAUAUCAAGGGGACUGCAUUGGAAGUGCUGCUUGCUCAGCUCCUCCUCCUGAACAUAGCCUUAGUAUGCAUGUAUAUACCGGUACUUCUAAGGAGCUAGAAACAUUGAAAUCAAUGGCAGUCUAGCUCCAUCCCAGGCUCUUUUUAACUGUAUGUAAUGAACAAUGGACUCCACUUUAAAUGUUUUAGAAUGCCAUUGAUUGACCAUAGCAGAUGACUGCAAUUUUCUUAAAAGUGAAGAAAAAAUGAUGACACACUAAUGGAAUUAUUAACACUAUUUGUAAACAGGCCAAUGACUUGUGGAGAGUUCAGAUGGAUGAGCUUAUUUCUAACUAUGGUAAUAAACAUCUAUCUGCAAAGGAACAUCAGUGGAUUAUUUUGAAUAAUAUUCAGCAUAUGGUAAGUCAUAGUGGUAGAAGACCAAACAAGCACAUUGUUUUCUGUAUCAGAUGAAAUGCCUAAACCCUGCAGUGCUUCCUUUCAAAGGUCAUUUGGCGUAUGUUACUGAAUGGAAUUUUUAGCUGAAGCUGGCUAAGAAAUCUGAAGCAUUACUGCGGUGCAAUUCUUUGGGAAUCUAAAGUUAGAUUAGCUGUUAUGCUGCCUGCUUAUAGGAAGCUGCUUUCUUCCAAUAAGCUGAUUGAAAAAAUUUAAAAGACAUAGAUUACACAGGAGCUGCAAAGUCUCUGGUGCAUGCAUGACCUUUCUCUGUUUCUUCCUCUCCUUCCUCAUAUCUAUAGGAAAUUAAACCCCAUAGCAGUGCUCUGAUUUUCUCAUCACUUGAAAGAAGAAACUCCUUUUUUAACAACAGGGCUUCAUUGUUGAUUUUUUACUUUACUACUUUAUCAUGCAACUUGACAUGACUUACCUUUCUAUUACUCAUAACACUGAGGACUUUUCUCCUUCUCCAGCUCCACUGUUGUGGGCGAUACAAUUCCACAGACUGGAAAUGGAAUAAGAAUAAAGAUCAUGCAAAUCAAGUACCAUGUUCUUGCACAACAUCUAACAUGAAGAAGUGGUUUUGUGAUGCACUGAAAAAUGCAACAUAUACUAGGGUAAGCGUGCAAUGUAUUGUAAGGCAUGUUUCUGCACUCCCAGUAAAAUUUGAAAUAUUUCUUAUGUAUCUCAGUGUGCUUGGAAUGCUAGCUGCUGCUUCUGAUGAAAGCAAACACUACUUGCAGCAGGGGCUGGCUGUAUUUGGAAUCUUCUGUAAUAAUAUGGAUUGUUCCUUUACAGCUGCAGCUGUACAUGCCCAAAGCUGAUGUCUUAUGAUGUCAAGUGUAGGGCAGGCCAAAUUGGAACCCCUGGCCAAACUGGGACCCCUGGUGGACCUAAUUAGGCCCACAGGCUGGAGCUUUCCCAUCCAUGCUCUGUAUCUGGGAAGGCUCAUAUUUGAAAACUGCUAACCAAGAAUAAAAAGCAGAUUACCUAAUUCUAGCCAGCAUCCUGUUUCCUAUGACAGCCUAUAAGAUGCCUAUGAAAAGUCCACAAGCAGGACACACACAUUCUCACCCUAUACAUGAGCAUUCUCCAUUCCUCUCGUAAGUGACGGAAUACAUUUGCUCUUUGGCAUUUCCCCCAACCCCAAAAAAUUGUUGAGCCCUAGGUAAAAGAUAAUAAUUGAGUGUAACUUGAGAAAUAAACAGUUACAGUCGUACCUUGGAAGUUGAAUGGAAUCCAUUCCGGAAGUCCGUUUGACUUCCCAAACGUUCGGAAACCAAGGUACAGCUUCCGAUUGGUUGCAGGAAACUCCUGUAGCCAAUCAGAAGCUGCGUCGGAUGUUCGGAUUCCAAAGAGCGUUCACAAAAUGGAACACACACUUCCGGGUUUGCAGUUUUCGGGAGCCAAAACGUUCGACUCACAAGGCAUUCGACUUCUGAGGUACGUCUAUACUUUCAUUUAAAUAUCACUUUUGCCCUCAGGGUUGUGAAGAAGAUAUUGAGACGUGGUAUGAACAAAAUACAUGGCUAUUACUUUCGAUCAAUACUGGAUUGCUAACGGUAGAAGUAAGUGUGUUUUUUGUUAAAUGACAGUGACUCGUUUUUUACAGGACACUUAAGUAAGGUGUGUGUCACACAUUACCUUCACAAUAGAUGGCGGCUAUUUUAUUUCAUUUUUCACAUGUAGGUGCAAAAUUGUAUCACACCACACGUGGACAAAAAUUCCAGUCAUGCAUAUAGGUACAUAUUACAUAUUACAGAGAGUUGGGACUCCAUACUGAGUCUAAAACAAGCUGAUGGUGAAGAGACCUUCAGUGGUUUGUUCUCAACAUAGGGCUUAAAGAUGAGCCGGAAACAUCAGCUGGUCCAAAAUGCAACAACUGCAUUAACUGCCAGUUUGUUUCCAGGUCCAAAUCAAGGUGCUCAUUCUAAUAUUUAAAGUUUUAAAUGACUUAGGCCCCAAAUAUCUGAGAGAUGGCCUCCUUCCCUACAGACCUCAGAGGGGCCUCUUUUGGUAGUUCCACCACCCUCAGCAUUGGGCAUUCUCUGUGGCAGCCCCUAAGUUGUGGAAUUCACUCCCCACAGAAGUACAUUUGGCUUCUUCACUAUAUAGCUUUUGGCAAAUGCUGAACACACACCUCUUUAACCUGGCCUUUGACACCUCAGAUGUAUGUUUUCAGGACCCACCCUAUUCCUGUGAAUGUAAUCUCUUUUGUGUGUUCUUAAUUCUGACAUUUCAAUUGUUGUAACCUGCCCUGGGAACUGCUGUUACAGAGUGGGUUACAAAUAUUAAUAACACCAUGGGCAUUUUCUCCAACUUUUGCUACCUUUUUAGGUGCUUCAGUUCGUAGCAGCAGGCUGGCUCUUCAGAACAAUGAGGAAGAAUAUGGUUUUGCCCAGGAAUUAGCAAAAGGCCUGCGUCAUCAUUGCACUAAGCAUCUUGUACUCUACUACACAGUUUUCAGCUUCAUGUGUGCACACAUUAAUUACAACCUUGUAAAAUGAUUGAUUUCUCAUAUUAAACGAAGUAAUGUUUGUGGUGGAUCUGUGUUUGCAUCACGUCUCACACUUAAAACGAAUAUUUCUUUCUCUCAAGUUUUACUGAAAUAAUUUAGCUAACUGCAAUAGGUAGCAAUUAUUGGCUAAUUAAACAAUCCAUGGCCUUUUGAACUGUGUGGUGUGUAUGUUAUUUUUGUUGUUGUUGUUACUAUGUUACGUAUUUUUGUGUUUUUAUAUUGCAAAUCACCCUGUGAACCUCAGAUGAAGGGUGGUAUAGAAAAUUAGUUAGUUAGUUAGUUAGUUAGUUAGUAAAUAUUUGUGUAUCCCUGUGAACAUG